UUAUUAUAUCUAAGGGAACUCGAAGACCGAGGGAAGAAAGAAUUAAUCUGAUUCUUUCCUUCUCACAGCCUAAGAUUCUAAAAGAGCUAAGGAGAUUCCUAGGAACUAUAGGCUUUUGUUGCCUUUGGAUAGCAGGAUAUGGUGAAAUUCCGAGGGCCUUCUAUCAGCUUAUAAAGGAAGCUCAAAAGACAGAUACUCAUUCCCAAGCCCCAUUCCAGAAGCUCAAACAAGCACUUCUAAAUGCCCCAGCACUGAGCUUGCUGAAUAGGACACCUGUUCAGUUUGUAUGUUGAUGAAAGGUGGGGCAUGGUUUUGGGAGUACUUACACAGGAUUGGGGACCUGCUCAAUAGCCUAUAGGUUACCUGAGUCAUGAGUUAGACAUUGUAGCCAAGGGAUGGCCUACAUGUCUCAGAACUGUAGCUGCAGAGCUCUCCUAGUGCCAGAGGCAUCCAAGCUGACACCAUAUUACCUAUUUCACUGUUGCCUGGAGGCCACAAUCAUCAGGAAAGGUAGAAAAAAUGAACGAAACACUAAAGAGACAUCUCCAUAAAAUGGUUCAGGAGACCCACCUACGGUGCCCCCACUUAGUACCUUUGGCCCUUAUCAAGAUAAGAAAUAUACCUCAAAUUCUAGGCCUCAGUCCAUUUGAAUUUUUUUUUUUUUUGGUACUGGGGAUCAAACUCGGGUCCUUGCACUUGCACAGCAGGUGGUGAGACCACUGAGCUAAAUCCCUGGCUCCUCAGUCCAUUUGAAAUGCUUUAUGGAUGUCCUUUCCUCACUAAUGAUCUUCUCUUUGAUAGAGAAACAGAUGUCUUACUGGAAGAUGUCACUUCACAGGCUAAAGUCCAGCAGACUCUUUAACAGCUAACAGAAGCUCAGCCUAGAGAAAGAGGAAAUCCCGUAUUCCAACCUGGAGAUUUAGUACUAGUAAAGUCUCUUCCCUCAUCAACUCCUUCCUUAGGACCAACUUGGGAGGGACCAUGGGCCGUGAUCCUGUCGACUCCAUCAGCUAUCAAGGUAGCGGGCCUGGACUCUUGGAUACACCGCACCCAACUCAAGCCCUGGGAACCAGACACUGUCGCUGAGUGUGAGCAACCACCUGAAUACUCCUGUAAACCCACAGAAUCCAUAGUUCAAAAGGAAAGCAAAGUCUUCAGAUAAGUGAUCUAAGAUGUUACUCUCAGCCCUCUUACUAAUUAAUGUUAUUAAUCUUACCCCUUAAGGGAGAAUGCAAUUCCUUUCUAAGGUGGGCAUAAGAAUAUGCAGACUCAUUACAACAGACAUCUUGCUGGAUAUGUGGCCUGCUCCCCUUGUCAAGUACAUCAGGACUUCCUUGGUGGGUAUCCCCAUUUCAAAGAGAUGAUUGGAAUAAGUUGCAAGAUUAUACUGAUGAGACACAAAAGAGCUCAAUAGUUCAUAGGUCAGACCACCAUUACAAGGUAACUGAGUGGCCUAUAAGCUACACCCUUAAUGACCCUGGACAUAAUCAAAAUUUCUCUAACAAUGCCACUAAGCCUCUCUUACAGGCCCUAGUAAAAUCCCUAUUAAGUAGAAGUAAGGGUACAAUCCUGAGAGAAAACAAGCAUAGAUAUCAAGAUGGCUAUUUUCAGAUAUGGGAUGAUUAUAUAUGGUUAACCCCCACUAUAGUACACCUUAGUAGAAAGGCCUCCUUAUGUUGGGAACAGAAAAAUCACUCCUAUUCUCAUUGGCCUAACUCUACUAGAUACUUGGGAUGGACACCCCCUGAAGAGUGUAUACCCAUAAUAACUUUACUGGCCAAGGACUAGUUUUCAACAAACUGGUUUAAUAGCCCUAGAAUUAGAUGAGAAGCCCCCAGUGGCACUCAUUGGGCCUGUGGAACCAAUUUGUGGCCCUGGCUACCCCCUGGAUGUAUAGGAAGACACACACUGGGAUGUGCAUGGUUACAAGGCAGGAGUGUCAAAACCCUCCACAAGCCUGCAAACUUACCCUGCCUACAACAUUGAUGGACUAGAAGUGUGUUUCACUAGUAUGAUCACUUGGCUUCUAUCAUUCUCCCCUCCCUAGGGUUAGAAGAUGUCAUGCAGCAUAUUGAGGCCUUAACUAAUUAUACUCAGCUGGUGUUAAAUGAUACUGCAAUUAGUCCCUCUGUCUUGAAUGAGGAAGUAAAAUUAAUGAGGCAAGCUGUCCUCCAAAAUUUGAUGGCAUUAGACAUUUUAACUACAGCACAAGGGGGUACUUGUGCAAUUAUUAAAGCUGACUGUUGUGUGCACAUUCUUGAUCCAUCUGCUAAUAUCGCAAUAGCUGUUCAAGAUAUUAGAUGACAAUUUAAUGCUAUGUCAGAUUCUGAAGCUCCCUGGACCUUCUCCUUAUCCUCUUUGUGGGAGGCUAUUACUAGUUCCUCCUAGUGGAAAUGAUUGUUGGCUAUAUCCAUAGCAGUCCUGCUGACCUUAGUAUUUGGUCCAUUUCUUUGGCUUUGUAUCCUCCAGACUCAAAGCUAUAAACCUACCCAAAAUAACAAUGCUUGGCACCUACUGAGGGCCUUUAAAUAAACUAUCUGUAGAGUAACUGACUGCCAAUAACAACUACGACCCUCUUCAGCGGGAAGUAGCCAGAACUGUCUUUGCCCCCUUGGCCCCUCAUGACAGUUAGGGGUACUUUUUCAAAGGGGGGAAUAUUAUAGAAUAGGUAAGUUAAUUAGAUAUCUUAUAACCAGUUAGACAGGACUGGCCCUCGAGAAGCCAAAAUGGAGAACAAUCAAGGAACCAAUAUGGAGAACAAUCAAGACACAUCCACUGAAGGUCAACAUUAUAAAAGAAACUACUACACCCUUGAGCUUCCCCUGAAGAUGAAUAACAGUGAUUGAUAUUCUAAAUAGGUAUCAAUCACUUGAGCAGGGGUCAAGGUCUUAACCCAGCCUUUUCAAGAAAGAUCUCAGACCCACCCUUAUUGAAAAUUUUUGUAUGCUUGCUAUGUGACUUGCUUCCCCAUUUGACCUCCAUUUAAUCAACAUUACCUGGGCAAAUAUACUUGUUGUCAUCUUAUUGGCUGAUCAUAAUUUUGUACCACUUCGAACCUGGCUCACCUCACAGAUUUGCUCCAUAAAUAUCCCCUGGGAAAUAGGGUCAGGGAAACCCACUUUCUGGUCCCCCUUCUGUCUCUCUUAGAUAGAAGCUUGCUUUCUGUCAAUAAAAUU